AUGACUUCAGGCUGGAUUUUGGAUCUAUAUCGUGCAUGGCUGAUGAUGGGCUAUCCGGUCGGCUGCUAUCUGGUGUGCUUUGGCCUCACCUUGGGCCACCACCAGGUGGGGAAGAAUGAGUACGAGGGCCCUGGCAAAUUUGGUGGCCAGAAGGAUCACGCGGAGGAGGAACGUGUGGAGUAUCAGGCUUACUGUACACUAUUUGGGAAAUACAGAGAGGUGGCGAAUUCCAACCUUCUAGAACCUCUGACCCAAGCACCAGGGCCCACUGAGAAUGAGGGGCCCCGAGGGGUGCUUGCGUGGCACCAGCACCCUGGGUGGCGUAGGGGUGCUCUUGAGGCUGACUCCCACCAGAGCGGUCUGUCAAGUAGGGCAGCGGUGCUGGCUGCCGGCACCGUGGAGAAACCUGCCCUCCGCCCUUCUUGGGUAGCUGGAUCUCAAUGUUGCACCGAAGUGAUUGACUUGGAUUCGGAUAAUGAACAGCUCCCCGGGAAAGAGCAAGCUAAUCCCCCGAAAACUGAUGAGAUUGUGGAAGUGCUUUCUGAUACUCAGGAGAAGCCUAAGUCCCAGGAGUUGCCAAUAGUUAUCAGUGAUGAUGAUGCUAGUGAUGUGGAGGGUCCUGUGAAGGGUCCUGUGAAGGGUCCUGUGAAGGGUCCAAUGGAGGGUCCUGUGGUAAUAGAAGACAGUUCAUCAGAUGAGGGCCAAACUCCCUCAGCUAAAAAGGGGACGAUGCAGCUUACAGUCCCCCCACGCGAUUCAUCUGUCGGGGGCCAAAGCCCCUCAGCUAAAAAGGAGACGAUGCAGGUUACUGUCCUCCCAUGCGAUUCAUCUGUCGGGGGCCAAAGCCCCUCAGCUAGAAAGGAGGUGAUGCCGUUUGCUGACCCCCCACGCGAUUCAUCUUUCAGGGGCCAAAGUCCCUCAGCCAAAAAGGAGACGAUGCAGGUUACUGUCCCCCCACGCGAUUCAUCUGUCGGGGGUCAAAGCCCCUCAGCUAAAAAGGAGAUGAUGCAGGUCACUGUCCUCCCAUGCGAUUCAUCUGUCGGGGGCCAAAGUCCCUCAGCCAAAAAGGAGGUGAUGCUGUUUGCUGACCCCCCACGUGAUUCAUCUGUCGGGGGCCAAAGUCCCUCAGCCAAAAAGGAGGUGAUGCAGGUUACUGUCCCCCCAUGCGAUUCAUCUGUCGGGGGCCAAAGUCCCUUAGCCAAAAAGGAGAUGAUGCCGUUUGCUGACCCCCCACACGAUUCAUCUGUCAGGGGCCAAAGCCCCUCAGCCAAAAAGGAAGUGAUGCCAUUUGCUGACCCCCCACGCGAUUCAUCUGUCAGGGGCCAAAGCCCCUCAGCUAAAAAGGAGGUGAUGCAGGUUGCUGACCCCCCACGCGAUUCAUCUGUCGGGGGCCAAAGCCCCUCAGCUAAAAAGGAGACAAUACAGGUUACUGUCCCCCCACGCGAUUCAUCUGUCGGGGGCCAAAGCCCCUCAGCUGAAAAGGAGGUGAUGCAGGUUGCUGACCCCCCACGCGAUUCAUCUGUCGGGGGCCAAAGCCCCUCAGCCAAAAAGGAGACGAUGCAGGUUGCUGACCCCCCACGCGAUUCAUCGGAUACUGGUGGAGAUCUCUGCCAGCCACUGAAAGAGUUUAAGGCUAAACUAGGGAUUUCAGCUGUUAGAGGACAAAAGCGGGCUCGGCCUUUGGAGGGAAAUCAGCAGCCUUCGAAGAGAAAGCGGGCUCAGCCAGCUGAGCCUUUGAAGAGAAAGCGGGCUCAGCCUUCGAAGACAAAGCAGGUUCAGCCUCCAAAGAGGAAACCCCGAGCAGUGAAAUCUCAACAGCCAUCUCACCGGCAUGAGCCAGGGAACCUUAAUUGCAACAUACCUGGAUGUUUUUUGCGUGACAUUGAAAAGUCAAAGGAGUAUUCUGGAAGGAAGUUCAAGAAAAAUAAAGAUGAACUGGUCAGGAGACUGUAUGACCUGUUCAACAACACUGUCUUUAAUAAAAAGCUGCCAGAGAAACUGGAUAUCCGCUGGAAUAAGAAGAUGCUGAGAACUGCUGGUUUGUGCAGCUCUGGCCAAUUGUCUAACCUGGGACAGCGCUACACUAAGAUUGAUAUUUCUCUGAAAGUCUGUGACUCUGCAGACCGAAUCCGGGAUACCUUGGCCCACGAACUCUGCCAUGCAGCCUCAUGGCUGCUGAAUGGCAUCCGUGCUUCGCACGGUCACACAUGGAAGUACUAUGCCAAGAAAUGCAACAUGGUGCACCCAGAGCUGCCUUUGGUCACCCGUUGCCAUAACUACAAGAUUAACUAUAAGAUUUACUAUGAGUGCACUCAGUGCAAAGCCAGGAUUGGCCGCUACUCCAAAUCGCUGAACACCGAGCGCCAUACCUGUACCUUAUGCAAGGGCCCUCUGGUCCUGCUGCCGUUAACUCGCAAGGAUGGAACCCCCAUCAAGCCGCAUGUUAGACCCUUUGCCAAGUAUGUGCAGCAGCAUUACAAAAUCGUCAGGCAGGCGAUGAAAGAAGUAACCCACGGGGAUGUGAUGAGACAGCUCAGCAAGGAUUAUUUCAUCUGCAAGAAAAACAACACCCUUUAA